CAUGUGUUCUUUGUUUCAUGGUGCUAUGGUUGGCUGCUAAGUUUGUGUCUUGUUACUGCAUUGCUGGCUGUUGUGGUAGCCAACCAGCCAUGAUGCAUAUUACUUACUUGUGGGCGACUGGCCUGUGUCUCCUACUGACUGUACCUUUGAGUUACUCUGCAACGUACUAUGGACAUGAUGACUCUGAUGAACCUGCCACCGGUCAAUGGCAAUCUUCUACACAAGCUCCUGUGGUGAGACACUCGUGGUAUCAACACCAAUCUGCAAAAGAUGCUCCCAAGGCAGGUUGGAGGGACGGUUCCAAAGGUGUUCUUCAAGGAGACUGGAAAAAUGUACCAGCUUACCUUCCUCAAAAGGAACAGAAAAGCAGACCAGCCCAAGCUACUCGGACUGAAUGGGAAACCAGACCAGCCAACAUUCCUCAAGGACACUGGAGAAAUGAACAGAACAAACCAAUUCCACAGGGAGCCUGGAGGAGCAGCAGACCAGCCAACAAUCCUCAGAGCGAAGAAUGGAGACCAACAUCAUCCAGUGUUCAAGAUGAGUGGAGACGCAAACUUGCCAAUGGCCCCCGAACAGAAUGGAGAGGCAAACCUCAAGCAGAGUGGAGGAGCAAACAAACCAGCGUUCCUCAAGGUGACUGGAGAAGCAAAAAAUCAGACCAUGGUGGUCCCCAACAAGACUGGCAACGCAAACCUGCCAACGUUCCUCAAAGCAGACCAACGAGUGCUCCACAAACGGAACAGAAGAGCAAAUCCCCAUCCUCUUGGUCUGUCCAUGGUUAUGGCCCGGUUAAAGGAGCCGUACGACCUCUGACCUCCAGCAGUAUGGGUAGCUGGGCAAAAGACUCGCAGACCUUCCUCAGCUCUGGUACUUACAGGUCUACACUUUCCAAACCUGCUCUCGGCAAGCCCCAGGGACCCAAAACCCAGCAUUUUGGGCCUGCCUCCUCGUCCUCACCUCUGUCUACUACCAGGCCUCUAUCCACUAACUCUGGGCCCAAUCUGCCACCGUGGGCCGGACGUAACCAGAAGACCCAGUCACAAGGGGGCUCUGUGAGCUGGAAACGGCCAGCACUUUCGCAGACAGUGAGUGCUCAAGGUCAACGCCAGCCUUCAAGGGUAUCUGGUGGAAACUACAAUAGAGGCCAGAAUACUGCUCCAACCAGCAGCCGCUGGACCCAGCAGAGCCAAGAUGAUGAUGAUGAGGAUGAUGAUGAUGACGACGAAGAUGUCAAGCAUGUGCCCUUUCCAGCUGGACAAGGCCAGGGCACACUUGUGAGGAAGAGGUGGUAAUAGGAGAUCUGAACAGGAUUCACCAGCUGAUUCACCUCCUUGCCUGAAGGGUUAGUCGUGACUGGGACUGUCACGAAUAUCUUAAUAAAAGGUUAAACUGUA